AUGUCGGCGCAAUUCGUCGCAUUUCUUCUCAUCGCAUUUAAUUUGUCUCUACCGGCCAACGCAUUCAUUUCAGACGGUGCAAAUGCAUCUGUUGGUCUUUUUGGAAACGCGAGUUCAUGUCCAAAAGCAGCAAAAUUUGGAAAGGGACCACCAAAGUCAUGCACUAUACCUAGUGACCCAAACAAUAAGCCAGCUUCUCAGCUAGAAUCCUGGUUCACCAGAGAAAUGUUUGAAGACUUGUUUCCAUUCGCAAAUCUUGGAUGGGGUCCGUCGAGCUGCUGGCCAUAUUCUUACGAUGCUUUUAAAAUUGCAUCCAGAUAUUUUCCAGAGUUUGGAACUUCUCUUAAUGUGAAUAACACGGUGUAUACUGCGGACGAGAAUAAAAAACGAGAUUUGGCUGCCUUCUUUGCCCAUGCAAUUCAAGAAACUGGAGAAAACAACAACUAUCUUUAUACCGCGCUUCCCGAUCAAGAGGCAUCCAAUUGUUUCUACCGCGGAGGAUUUUAUAACUGGUUUGAAGGUGGACCGUCAAGUAACUUUUUAAACCCAGAAACACCUGGUCACUCUCCAACUGAUGGAAAUUCAUGUACAUCUGCUGGUCGUUACUGUUCUGCUUCUGAUCAGAUUACCUUUUUCUAUCCCUGCUCCAAUUCAACAAUUUCAAACCCUGCUGCUCCAUAUAAAGGAUGCUAUUUUGGAAGAGGAGGAAUUCAAAUUUCGUAUAACUACAACUACGGGCAGUUCCAAGAUUGGUUGAAAUCUGUAAAUAUUACAGUUGACUUAUUGAAAGAACCAAAUCUUGUAAUGACUAAAAUGGAUCCACCACUUGCGAUUAUGGCUUCUCUUUGGUUCUACAUGACACCUCAACCACCAAAACCAGCAAUGCAUGAUAUUUUAAUGGGAAACUGGAAUAGUGGUGCACAGAAUUCAGCAGCUGGAUAUGAUGGGCCAAUCUUUGGACCAACUUCAUUAAUCAUUAAUAAUGAAUGUUCUGGAGAAGAUUCAAAAAAUCCAGGAGGACCAGGAGAAUCAAGAAGAAUCAAGGCAUUCAAGUGGUUCAAUGGAUACUUUGGCUCCCCUGUUGGACCUGAACAUACACUGUCUUGUGGAAAAAUGCCAGUGAAACUUAAUGCGAUACCCCACUAUCAGAGUUAUCAACCUGAUUGGAGUUCAUCCUGGAAACCAGAACGAUGUGACUGUGCUCCUGCAAGUUACGGAGGACUCGUGUAUUAUUUUGAUCCAAACUAUUACCCAGCCAGUUUUGUUGCUCAAAACGAUUUGAAUCGCAAGAAAUGUAUUGAAACUGUUUAUGCAAAUCCAUCAAUGUAUUUCAUGGAUAAAAAAAAUUCAUUAUGCCUUAAUUAUUGA